GACUUUCGCCUGCACGUACUCUACGAAGCUGCUAAUUCUCAUUCAUGUUCUCCGCCUCUCGCCCAGCCUUCUCGCGCCCUUUGAUUCCCCGCGCCCUCUCCAGUCGCCUCCGUCGAUCAUACGCCUCCUCUUCUGCCUACCUCGACCCUGCCCUUGCACGCCAUCCCUCCGUCACGACAACCCCAGAAGACAUUUCCCCCAAACUCCGCCACGAGCUCGAGAGUGCGUUGAGAGUGGACCAGGCCGGUGAACUUGCUGCCAAUUACAUCUACAAGGGCCAGCACGACGUCCUUGGUCGCCAGCCACUCACCGGGCCCCUCAUCCAAGAAAUGUGGGACCAAGAGAAAAAGCACCUCGCCGUCAUGAACAAGCUUCAGACACAGCACCGUGUUCGCCCAACCCUUUUUUGGGAGCUCGCCCGUGUCGGCGGCUACGGUCUCGGCGCCGUCACGGCUCUCAUGGGCAAGGAGGCUGCAAUGGCAUGCACCGAAGCCGUCGAGACCGUCAUCGGCGAGCAUUACGACGACCAACUCAAGGCUCUUGAAGAACUCCCCCCAGAUCACCCUAGCGUACCCCUUCUGAAGGACGUCAUCCGCGAAUUCAGAGACGACGAGCUUGAGCACUUGGAUAUCGCGGUAGAGAACGACUCCCAGAAAGCUCCUGCACAUGCACUUCUAAGCACCGUCGUUGGCACAGGAUGCAAGGUGGCUAUCGAGUUAUGCAAGAGAUUCUAGGGCGGGAUGUCUCGCACAAUGUAGAAGUUUGGACCGGACUGUACCAUAGUAAUCUUUGCGAUACAACGCCAUCGUACUUAUCCACCUCUCAAUCCGUCGUCUCAGCCUCAGGAGCAGGCGCGAUGCGUGCCAGGGACUCUCCCUUGCGUUUGCCUGUCCAGUCCCACACCCCGAAUUGAUGAUAAGAGAGGGCAAAGAUGGCGGCAGGGAAGACAAUCAUGCCCAGGAUGGACUGCCUUGCUGUCCUUGAGUUGAAGCGAAAGUGCUUGUAUACAUCUUCGCGCAUCACAUUCCACCGCUCAACGGCGGGGUCAAGCU